AUGUGUCACAGCUAUCACACGUGGCGUCUCCUCCCCCGGGUGUUGAGGGACGUCUCCUCAGUGGACCUGUCCGUCUCUGUGCUGGGACAGAAGCUCAGCAUGCCGGUGUGUGUGGGAGCCACCGCCAUGCAAAGGAUGGCCCACCCUGAGGGGGAGAUGGCCACAGCCAGAGCAUGCCGAGCAGCAGGGACAGGGAUGAUGCUGAGCUCCUGGGCCACAUCCACCAUAGAGGAAGUGAUGUCAGCGAUGACAGCCACAGGAGGCGGGGUCAUGUGGCUGCAGCUCUACAUCUACAGAGACCGAGAGCUCACUCUGUCAUUGGUCCGCCGGGCAGAGGAGGCGGCCUAUAAGGCCAUAUUUGUCACCGUGGAUACACCUUACCUGGGGAGGCGAUUGGAUGACAUGCGCAACCGCUUUAAACUUCCCUCACACCUCAGUCCACAGAGUGUCCUAACCUGUGUGUGUGUGUGUGUGUGUUCAGCUGAGGAUGCUGUCCAAGCUGUGCACUAUGGAGUCGAUGGUAUCCUAGUGUCCAAUCACGGAGCUCGACAGCUGGAUGGGGUUCCUGCCACG